AUGAGUAAAAACCAGUUAUUUUAUCGAAGUGAUAAUGAAUCUACACCAUCGAUACCACCAAACUCUAUACCACUGAAUUCACCACCACAAAUUUUAUCAUCUCCAUUUUUGAAACCAAAAGUUCCUUUAGUAACGCGAUAUGCAAAGAUUAAUAAAAUCAAGAAACCUACAAACAAACCUAGUGCUCAUCAUAAAAAUAAAACAAAUAAAGAAACAAACAGAACCGCUUCAAAAAAUGGAAGUAUCUGGGAUUUGACAAAUGUGGCAUCAAAUAAAUUUACUCAAGAGUUUAAGAUAGAUAAAAGUGGGAUCAGAAUGAAGGAUUAUAAAUGGGGUCCCAUAUCGUCGAAUUUAGUCGAAAUUGCAUUGCAGCCAUGGAUCAAUAAUAUGUACGAUUCCAUUAGUUCUGGAUUAUCAGAGUACUCCAAAAAAAUUGACAAUUUUUUACCAAAAGUCCAUCAAGACCAAGUAGGCGUCAUGAAACAGAAAUUAAUUGGGGAUAUCGUUAAACAGAUUAGAAAACAGUUACAUAAAUGUGUUUUCCCUAACGAUACAAACGAUAUAAUAAGAAAUGAUAUAGAUCCAGAGUAUAUUUUUGCUAAAAGGAAACAUAUUCAAAGCUUAAUCGAUAAUAUGACCAAAGAGGUUCAUUUAUUAAAAGAAGAAUUAAAAAAGGAGUCUAAUCAAUUAAACGAAGCUAAGAACUUUAUAAGGAAUUUGAAAAGAACAAAUGAUCAGCUUUUAAAGCAAAAUUUACUAGACCAAACCUUACAUCCUUUAGUAAAUAAAGUUCUACAAAAUGAAUAUGGUUUGAUUAAAAUUGAUCAACUAUCAAAGUUGAAUAACAAUAAUAAUAAUGAGAAAAAAGAAGAGGAAGAAGGAGAAGGAGAAGGGGAAAAUGAAGAUAUUAUACUGAAAUAUGCGGGCCCUAUGAGACGGAACAUAGCAACGUAUAAUCUAAUUAUAUCGACAGAUCUGGCAGUGAAUGACGAUAAUAACAACAAUGAUCAGUACGAAAUAGUGGCCGAUUCAUUGCCUUCCUUGACUCAACUUAAUGAAUUUAUACCGUCAAUGACCAAAAUAAUUGAUCGCAUCUUAUCCACUAAACAAAACAAACAAUUACAAGAAUUAUUUCCUGCAUAA